AUGUGUGCAUCGGUGGCUCUACUCAGGGCCUCCGCGAAUCAAUGCUUGCGUGGCGUGGAGGUGGAAGGUCUGGUGAACCUGCGAAACCUCGGCAGCAACCGAACGAGCGGCAACACAAAGACCAUAAAGGGCAUCGUGGAUUGUAGCGAUGAGCUCUUACGCUUGCCAGCGGGUGUGGUGCAGCGGGUGCUCAUCCAUCAGCUGCAUAUCCAUCACAUGUAGCAUCUGCGUGCUGGAACCGAAGUGUCAGCGAAGCAGUAUAGUUUUCUUCGCGUGCAACACACGUCUCUGUUGAUUGACAUGUACAACGCUGAUCAACUUUAAAACGAAGGUGAGCACCUCAAGGAGGUAGCGAAGGCGCACCGUUUCAUGCAGGGGAUCUACUGUGAGUUUGUGCCCCUGUGCUCUCUUUCAGGGUGGGGGGGGGGGGGGAAUCGUCAAGGACAUCAUCGACGGAUAUAUUCUGUGACGAUACUCCCCUCCUCCACUGCACCGCGGGUAGGGACAGCAGGAGGUGGUGCUGCGCUGCUCUGCCAACGCUGAACGUGAUGAGUGGAACAAGCUGAGCAGCGUCUACACGUACGCGAAGUCGCACGUGGGCCUCACCGAAGAGGACAUCGAAAAGCUCUACGAGCGGAUGCUGGAUUAGGUACGUGCUGCGCGUGUGCUAAGCUUAGCCGGUCGUUUCUAUAUACCGUGUUUUCUUGGUCUUCUUUUCUUCUUCACCUUCACAACCGUUUCAGUGGUGAUCCCCACCCCUCACCUAACAGGUCUUCUGUGUUGAUGGGCCUCGUUGGGUGCACGUCUCGGCUUCUGCUCGCACGUCUUCCCCCAGUCUCCUUUCCUUCCCCACGCUUGUCUUUUUUCUCCUCAUCCAUUCGCCUGUUGUCGUUCUUCGUGUGGGUGUUUGGCUGGUGCGUUGUGUUUUCACCCCCAUACGUCCCACGCCAUCUCCCUCAUAGCUCAGUCACGUACCGGCAUCUUGCACCUGUUGUGUUGCGGCCCGUCUCUUUCUCUCUCUCGUGUGUGUAUGUGUGUCCGAUGUCUUCAUUUCCGCGCUCGGAGGCUGUAGAAGGCGAGGGGGCGGGAGGGGGAGGCAUACGACAGGAAAAAAAGCGCAGGAGAGGAGCUGUGACGAGAGUGGACGGAGGGCGGUGA